AUGGACCUCAACUUCACACUGAGCCCGGCCUCCACCCAAAAACUCCACGAAUCGCUCGUCGCCCUCUCCAAAUUCAGCGAAUACGUCUCCCUCGAAGCCCGCCGUAAUAGAUUAACCCUUUCCUCCCUAAACUCUUCCAAAUCCGCUUAUGCCGCCGUAACCCUCGCCGGGACCAGGUUCUUCGAAACAUACAAUUUCCCAACGCCCUCGCAGUCACAGGAGAACCGGUUUACAUGCCGCUUCUAUGCCAAGGCCCUCCUGUCUACUUUUCGGCAGCGCUACUUCGACAGUAAAUCCGGUGACACGGCCAUCGAGAGGUGUGAGGUGCGCUUCGUGGAGAAGGGGGAGUGUAGGAUGCUUGUGCGCUUGCUGUGCAGGAAUCGGGUGCUGAAGACGUAUCGUCUUACCUAUGAAGAGGUGGACGUCAUGCAUGCCGUGUUUGAUAAGGACGCGGCGAGGAAUAUGUGGAUUGUGAAGGCACGGUUUUUGAGGGACUUCAUGGAGCAUUUCGGCCCCAAGGCGGAGCAAUUGGAUAUUUCGAGUGAGAAUGGUCGCGCCGCCUUUACGAGCUUUACCGAGAAGUUGGUCGAUGGGAAAGGUUUGCCAGCUCGCUGUUUCGUUGCGUGUUUGGGAUAGUUUGGCUGAUGGGACUAGAGAUACUGAAGCAGCCGUUGCAGACCUCUGUAUCCUUUGAUACUGCUGAUUUCGAUACCUUCGGCGCUGAAGAUGGCGUGCAUGUUGCUGUUAGUCUGAAGGAUUUCAAGGCUAUCGUUGCUCAUGCAGAUUCUCUUCAUGCCUCGGUAACGGCUUAUUAUAGCGAAGCUGGUCAUCCGUUACAAGUAACAUACGAGCAGGAGGGAAUGAAUUGUGAAUUUACGCUCAUGACGUUGGGAGACAAUAGGGCCUCUCAAUCGUUUACUACAACCAGGGUUGAACAUCAACCUCCCGCCCCCCGCCCUCCACCAGAGGCUGCUCCUCCGCAAUCGCAGACUAAUACCCCUUCCCAACUGCGAGGUUUGAUGGAUCCACCAGGGAGCCUUAGGCCUCAAUUUACGGGUAGUCUCCCUUCACAGCGCACCACCGAAGACAGAGUGAUGCAGCCAGCAGAAGAUCAUCAAUCCAGCGGGUCAUUAUAUCGUUCUCGACUAAAUGUUUCAGGGACGGCGGGUUCCAGAUCUGCCUCCGCAUUCACCCAGCAACAGGAGCCGGAGUUCCCGCCGGUGCCGGCUAGUGCUCUGCCUCCUGAAGGCUUAUUUCUACCAUAUUCAAGCAGCGAUGGGGAGAGUGAUGAUGACGACCUUGGGAAGGUUGUAUGGGACGAACCGUUCCUUAAAUGGGACACUAAUUUGAACAGCGAUGACCGGCCAAGGCCGGUCGUCAGAGAUCAGUCUCCUCCGCCACCCCCACCAUGCGCUCCACCAGCAGUAACGCGGAAGAGGGCCUUUGAACCAAGUGGCGAUACGACGCAGAGCGAGGGAGAUGAGCAAGGGGAGAUGAAUGCGGAGACGGUCAUGGAAGCGGUUGGGCCUACGCAGGAUAUUUCUCAGGCGAGGGGGCUCUUUGACUAA